AAUUGCUUCUUCUUAUCGUCGUUCGCAAGGCCCCAGCCGGCUGCUCUGCACGCGACGAUUUGCGCGGCAAAGACUGUUAGUACACCGCCGCGACAGACGCUUGAUUUGAAGAGCACGCGAUCCGAAGCGGCUGUCAGCGGCAGCGACCCUUGAACCCGUCCAGCUAAGCGUAUAAGUGUAUCCGCCAUCCUCGAUUCCACGGUGCUUCUCUUCUCUCCGCGCUCACAGCCCGCUAUCCUCGAAGCCUUGACGUGUCUCUGUACUGCCCUCGGCAUCCGGAACUGCCAAUCACCCCACGCUCUGAGCGCUACAAGCAGCACCCUUGCAGUAAGACGUCCUGCAACCGCUCUCUUACCUGACCCAACGGCUUCAAAAGAUUGGAUCCCCGCUCUGGCGCUGCUAUCUUUACGUAUCACCUGAAGUCUUGUGAUCUAGCACCUACUCUUUCUCUUGCAUUGCAGGAAGACCACUCAUACUUGAUUGACUGUCCCUCUCCGCCUUCUUGAGUCCGACGGCUCUUCCAACCAUCUUUUCGUGACCCGAGUCUCGCAGAGCUGCCGCAUAUCAGCUUUUCGUUUGUCUUCGGGACGGGGCGUCUACCCGUCACCUCUUCCUCCACACCAGUAUCCGCUCUUAGAAGGACAACUUCGACGACAGGUACAUUGAUGUCGGUUGAUCUGCGUCAGGCUUUUACAUCACUUCGGUUUCCCAAGCGCAUUGCCACGGUGUCUCGCUCCCAGCUUAGUAUAUCUCACACAGGUGAUAGUACUGUUUAUCCUGAGCCGUGAACUAGUACGCAUAGACUUUAGACUGCUGCAUUGAGCAAGUACUCAUUCACCAAGCAUACCAAUCCAACAUCAUCAGCACCGUGCUGUUGCUAGACCGGGCGAUUGCGCCUUUGCAUCAGAACUAACAGGCACGCUGGCUCUCCAUCGAAAUCCAACACCCAUCACGAAACACAGUCGCUCGCACAGUCACUUGAGUAGUAAAGAAUCAAACACAAGCCACCCAACAUGGCUACCACUCUCGCGUCAAUUUCCAUCAGCCAUCACGGCAGCCAUGCCAAAGAAGCCAUGAAUAUGAAAACCACCGUCAAGCCAUCCACUAUCGCCACGGCCGCCUCCACCCCAUCUGCGUCCGUUAAUGGCAACAAUGAUGGGGUCCGUGUGGUCGGCAUCCACGAGUACAAGGAAGCUGCCUUGUGCCUUGCCGAUGCGUUCAAGGACGAUCACACGACCCACUACUUCCUUGAUACGCCGGACAGCACGCUGACGGAGGAGGAAAAGUGGGAUCUGCAUGUUAGCAUGAUGGAAUACAUUACUUACGCUCACUGCUUGAAAGGACUUGUGACGACUGUUGGUGAUUUUGAUGCCGUUGCUCUCUGGCUGCCACCAGGACAGAACAUCGAUGAUCUUCUCACCAUCUUUCGUUCGGGACUGUGGCGUCUCAAGUACAAACUUACCCCAGAAGGUCGCGUACGCUUCUUCAACGAGUUCUUGCCGCUGCUGGGCGAGUCCAAAGCACGUGUCAUGGGAGACCGUGACAACGACAGCUGGUACCUCGUGUACAUUGGAACACACUCGCGCGCUCGUGGCAAGGGAUGUGCGAAGAAGCUGAUCACUCACGUGACUGAUCUAGCCGACGCUGAGGGGAAAGCGUGCUAUCUCGAGAGCAGCAACGAAAUCAACCCCAAAAUCUACGCCAAGUACGGCUUCGAGAUCAGGAGAAAGGUCUGGCUGCAGAGAGACGCGAAGGACGUCGUCGAGCUGGAUCUGAUGGUCAGGGAGCCGAAGACGAAGCGCAACAGCUUCUUGGAGAAGGAGAGCGAGAUGAGGAAUGAAAGACUGUAGACGAGAAGCUGUGACGAUGCACAAGGUGUGGGGGGGUAGGCUGAGGAACGUUGAGAUCAAAUUGUCAAAUUGGGUGGUGGAAUCAGUGAAUGAACACAAAUUGCCAGCUAAGGAGGAGUUGGGGCUGCUUUUUUUUCUUUUCUUUUUGCAUAUCACAUAACAAGCACAAACAAAUUGACAAAGUAGUAACGAAAAUAUAAGUAGCACGAAUAUAAGACGUCUAGGUCACAUUGCGU